AUGCCUUGUAUAGUAUCAUGCAAGCAAUGGCUGACUGGAACCAACUUCUUUGUCUACUGGAGUCACUUUCUUUCAGCAUGGGGGGACAGGAUGUGGUCAUUUGGAGUUGGUCUGUUUCUGAUCAACAUCAGCCCAGAUUCCCUACAGCUGACUGCAGCAUACGGCUUGAGCAUGGGUCUGAGUGUGCUUUUGUUUGGUGCAUUAGUAGGGGACAUAGUGGAUGCCACACCUAGGCUCAAAGCUGCACAGACUGCUCUUGUUCUGCAGAACCUAUUUGUGGUGGCCUGUGCUGUUGUGGUUUAUCUGUUUUUGGUUUUCCGGUCAGAAAUUCUGUCUUUUGGUGACUGGACAAUGUAUGUGACAUACACUGUUAUUAUCCUUCUAUCAGUGUUGUCAAAACUGACUAGCAUGGCUCGCCAGAUUGCCGUGGAAAAAGACUGGAUUGUUGAGAUAUGUGGGACAGAUUUUGAUAAACUGGCCACUAUGACCGCAACUUUACGGCGUAUUGACCUUACCACACAGGUCUUAGCUCCCAUAGCCACAGGUCUGAUCAUGUCUUUUGCUGGGGUACACUUUGGGGCCCUGUUUAUUGGCGGCUGGAAUCUUUGUUCUGUAGUGGUAGAGUACUACUUUCUGUGGAAGGUGUAUAACACUGUUCCAGCCUUGAAGAAAAAGAAGGACCUCAAGAAAUCUCAGGUUUCAGCUGUAGCAGAGGAUGUUGUAGACGAUAAUGAGGAGUUACCAGCACUAACUGCUGAAGAUAAUACUGAAGCUCUGGAUGCUGCCGAUGACACUCAGGGUGCACAUAAAGAAGACAAUUCAAACACAUUGGAUGGAACAAAAAGCAAGCUAAGAACGACAACUCUUGACAUUAUGGAACAUUUAUCUAAUGUUAAUGAAAGGUCUGGAGACCCAGAACAAAUUCAGAGUGUGGAGGAAAAGACAGUAAAGAGGCAGAAGUGCAGAUGUUCAAGAAUGUUCAACAGUUUUGAAAGACUUUAUCGAGGCUGGCCAGUGUAUGCAAGCUAUAAUGUCCUACAUGCUGGCAUUGCUUUGGCCUGUUUGUACAUGACUGUACUUGGCUUUGACAGUGUCACAGUUGGAUAUGCAAAGAUGCAGGGUGUAACAGAAGGUAUGGUGGGUCUUGCAAUGGGGAUCGCAGCUUUAUUUGGAAUCUUCGGUACUUUUAUGUACCCCGUCAUGAGACGUCGACUGGGUUUGACUCGAACUGGGAUAUUUGGCUUCUCUUUAGAAAUAAUGUGCCUUAUCCUUUGUGUGGUUUCUGUCUGGAUGCCUGGAAGUCGAUUCAAUCUCUCUCAUGCUUUGGGUCAUGAUCCAGGAUUAUCGGCAAACUCUAAUUGCACACAAGACCCAACUGAGUUGAAGAAUUCUAACCAAUCCUACAAUGCUACAUCAGAUGUUAACGUCACUCUUGAUUGUUAUGAAGCUACCAUUCAGCAAGAAUCAUAUCUAUCAGUUGCAUUGCUGCUGACAGGCAUUGCCAUGGCUCGAUUUGGGCUAUGGAUAGCUGACCUGACCGUCACUCAACUCUUCAUGGAAAGAGUAAAGGAAAGUGAACGGGGAAAGGUCAAUGGCGUCCAGAGUGCACUGAAUCAGCUGAUGGACAUGUGCAAGUUUUUGAUGGUUGUGCUUGCUCCAUAUGAUUACCAAUUUGGCUUACUAGUUCUCAUCUCCUUUACCUUCAUCUGCAUUGGAUGGCUUUUUUACGCUCUCUUUCUACAUAAAGACAGAGGCCAUUUUUUCCAUUUUGAAAAGUGUCUUAUUGGCUGUGGAAAAGUUCCAAAUUAA